CUUUACACUGGAAGCGUCAGUGACAAAGAGAUUACUAGACAAUGUGGUUUCCUUCAACUGUUAAACCCAGGUGAUGUAAUUAUGGCAGACAAAGGGUUUAAUAUACAAGACUUAUUAGCAAUACAUCAUACAAGGCUACUUGCACCACCCAUAAUGAAAAAAGGCUGUAUUAAUGCCAAAUCAUCAAUAGCAACGAGAAGAAUAGCGAAGGCAAGAGUUCAUGUGGAACGCAUAAUAAGAAAGCUUAAAUGCUUCUGCUUUCUAAGAGGCACCAUCCCAUUGUCAUUUAAACCAUAUUUAAAUUCUGUUCUCAAAGUGUGUGCUGCUCUAGUAAAUUUGCAGCCAGCAAUCAUUCAAAACAAGACAGAUGAUGAUGAUGGGCUGAGUUUCAUGAACAGCAGUGAUGAUGAGUGUGAUGAUGAUGAGUGUGAUGAAGAUGAUGAUGUAUGUGAUGAUGAUAAUGAAUGUGCAUGA